AUGUCAAAUAUUGCUCAUGCUCAAAAUUUUGUUCUUCAAAUACAAAGGAUGAACAUAUGCAUAACGAUAAAUGUAAAGUUUGUGGCGAUCCGAUUGAUAAGCAAAGUUUUCGUCGUGUAUUUAAGAAAGUGAAACGACAAUUGUCAUUGAAAAAGUCUCUAAAAAUUAUUGCUGUUUCUU